AGCAGGGCAUGUGGCAUGGGGCACUAAGUCAUAAACAAUUUUCACUCUGUUUCCAAUUCAAAGAACAAGUUCCCCUUUGUAAAAAAGAAAAGAGAGGAGUGUGUUGUCCACAUAGUGCACUUUGCCCUCCUCCCAUGGUGUUUGUUACCUUGGAGCUGAGCGGUCAGAACAAGGACGAUAAAAAACUCCCUUUGUAAUCUCAGAGCCCUCAUUAUGUAAAAUAUACAUGGGAGGAGUGCGCUUCCCUACCCACUCCCAUUGCUAUAUGGAAGAAAACCGUGUGCGUGAGAGGAAGAAGAAGGAGACUUUUUGGGAAGCAACGCUCGCCGUCCAACGAAUGAGAGUCAACAUUGAGGUGUGUAACCUGUCGCAGAAAGGAGACAUCCCAAAGGCCCAAUGACAAUUGGAAGCAGACAGAGUCUAUGAAAGCUCAUGCUGCAAGUUCUUUCGCACAGUUCAUCCCAAAGGCGCUGCAAGGUCCCUUUGCAAUAUGAACUCUUGCUACUGCUACUUGUGAUCUUUUGCUUCGUAUGCGAUUGCAUGGAACUGAUGGGAGAUAACUAUUUAUCUCCUUGGAAUCCUGCCUACUAAAAGUAUUCCAAAGGCGGAAAUGUUAUCGAACAGUUGGAAGAGGUCCGACGCUCAUCUUUCUCUCCUCGCAGCUCAGUGACAGUGCAUGCGGAAGGGCCCAGCCUCAAUCCCAGGCAUCUCUGCUCUUGGGGACCAGACCUUGAAAUAUAUUUCUUCCUCUGCCUUGAAACCUUGCAGAGCCGCUGCCUAGGCGAACGAACCAGUGACCUGAGUCAACAUAAGGCGGUUGCAUCUGUUCAGAUUCACUGGAUUUUGCUAUUGCUAGAACUGUUUUGUAAAACUACAUUAUGCUCAACAGUGAUUCCUUUUGACAACCGCACUUGCGCACAUUUCGAACUGCGGGAGUGGGAGCAUUUUCAACUCUGGAAAACAUGUUGGCGGAUUUGAGACAACCAGAAGAUGCUUCAUGUGGGAGCGCACACUGCCAGUACUUCCUUUCCAGAAAUGACGUUAUAGUCGUGGAAAAAUGUAUGAGCUCCAUGCAAGCGGGAACUCAGAUGAUCAAACUCCGGGGCAGUUCUAAAGGCCUUGUCCGUUUCUACUAUUUGGACGAACACAAGUCGUGCAUUCGCUGGAGGCCCUCGCGAAAGAAUGAAAAAGCCAAAAUCUCCAUCGAUUCCAUCCAAGAGGUGUGCGAGGGGAAGCAGUCGGAGAUCUUCCAGCGCUAUGCUGACGGCAGCUUCGACCCCAACUGUUGCUUCAGCAUUUACUAUGGGGACCACAUGGAAUCGCUGGACCUGGUGUCCUCCAGCGGAGAGGAGGCUCGGACCUGGAUCACUGGACUCAAGUACUUGAUGGCGGGGAUCAGCGAUGAAGACAGCUUGUCCAAACGCCAGAGGACCAGAGACCAGUGGUUGAAACAAACCUUUGACGAAGCGGAUAAAAACGGCGAUGGGAGCCUGAGCAUCAAUGAGGUGCUCCAGCUGAUGCACAAGCUGAACGUCAACCUGCCCCGGCAGAAAGUCAAGCAGAUGUUCAAGGAGGCAGAUACAGAUGACAACCAAGGGACCCUGGACUUCGAGGAGUUCUGUGCGUUCUACAAGAUGAUGUCCACCCGGCGGGACCUAUACCUGCUAAUGCUCACCUACAGCAACCACAAGGACUAUUUAGAUGUGGAUGAUCUGCGGCGCUUCCUUGACUCUGAGCAGAAGAUGUGCAGCGUAAACAAGGACCAUUGCCUGGAAAUUAUCAAUCAAUUCGAACCCUGCCCAGAGAAUCGGAAACAAGGAGCGCUUGGGAUUGACGGCUUCACCAAUUAUAUGCGCAGCCCUGCUGGGGACAUUUUCAACCCAGAGCACUAUCAGGUCAACCAAGACAUGACUCGUCCUCUGAGCCACUACUUCAUCACCUCUUCGCAUAACACCUACCUCAUGGGGGACCAGCUGAUGUCUCAGUCCAGAGUCGACAUGUACGCAUGGGUUCUCCAGUCUGGAUGCCGCUGUGUAGAAGUUGACUGUUGGGACGGUCCAGACGGUGAACCAAUUGUCCAUCAUGGUUACACUCUCACCUCCAAGAUCCUUUUUAAAGAUGUGAUUGAAACCAUCAACAAGUAUGCCUUCAUCAGGAGCGAGUACCCUGUCAUUUUGUCCAUUGAGAACCACUGCAGCGUGGCCCAGCAGAAGAAGAUGGCCCAGUAUCUCACCGAAAUCCUGGGCGACAAGCUGGACCUGUCUUCAGUGAGCAAUGGAGACCCUGGGAAACUGCCUUCGCCGGAGAGUUUGAAAGGGAAAAUAUUGGUCAAGGGGAAGAAACUUCCAGCCAACAUUAGUGAAGACGUGGAAGAAGGAGAAGUGUCUGACGAAGACAGCGCCGAUGAGAUGGAGGAUGAUUGUAAACUAAUGAAUGGAGAUGCUUCCACCAACCGAAAGCGAGUGGAGAACAUUGCAAAGAAGAAGCUGGACUCUCUGAUCAAGGAAUCCAAAAUCCGCGACUGUGAAGACCCCAAUAAUUUUACAGUCGCCACCCUUCCGCCAUCUGGGAAACUCGGGAACAAGCAUGAUCUCAAGAAGAACAAACAUGAGGAGGAUGUGGAGUCUGGGCAAGAUGCCGUCAUCAACAAACGCCACAACCGAUCACUGAUGGGAAGCUUUUCCAAGCGCAAGAAAAAAGGAAGCAAGCUCAAAAGGGCUUCAAGCCUGGAAGACGGUGAGGAUGAUCUCAACUGUCAAGGGAACAUAGCUAGAGGCUCAGUGCAUUAUAGCAAGACCAGCCGACAGAAGAAAACCAUGAAACUGUCGCGAGCGCUGUCUGACCUGGUGAAAUAUACCAAGUCUGUUGGCAUCCAUGAUGUGGAGUCUGAAAUCUCUUCCAGUUGGCAAGUGUCAUCCUUCAGCGAAACAAAAGCCCACCAAAUCCUCCAGCAAAAACCGGCUCAGUAUCUGCGCUUCAACCAACACCAGCUCUCCCGGAUCUACCCUUCUUCCUACCGUGUGGAUUCCAGCAAUUACAAUCCCCAGCCUUUCUGGAACGCUGGCUGCCAGUUGGUUGCGCUAAACUAUCAGUCCGAGGGGAGGAUGCUUCAACUCAACCGCGCCAAGUUCAAUGCCAAUGGGAAUUGUGGCUACGUCCUCAAACCCACGUGUAUGUGUCAAGGUACCUUCAACCCAAAUUCUGAAGAUCCGCUGCUUGGCCAGAUGAAGAAGCAGCUUGUGUUAAGAAUCAUCAGUGGACAACAGCUCCCAAAACCUCGGGAUUCCAUGCUUGGAGACAGAGGAGAGAUUAUCGAUCCAUUUGUGGAAGUGGAGAUAAUCGGAUUGCCUGUGGACUGCUGUAAAGAGCAGACGAGAGUUGUGGAUGACAACGGCUUCAAUCCGAUGUGGGAAGAAACCCUGGUGUUCUCCAUCUGCAUGCCAGAGAUUACGUUGGUUCGGUUCCUGGUCUGGGACCACGAUCCCAUUGGAAGGGACUUUAUUGGACAGAGAACAAUAUCAUUUACAAGCAUGAUGCCAGGCUAUCGACACGUCUACCUGGAGGGCAUGGAGGAGGCGUCCAUCUUCGUUCACGUAGCCGUCAAUGACAUAUGCGGUAAGGUCAAGCAAGCGCUGGGCUUAAAAGGUCUCUUUCUGAGAAGUCCAAAGCAGGCCUCUCUCGACAGUCAUGCUGCUGGCCAACUCAACCGCAAAGACUCUUUUAGCAGCCACCUUCUACGGCGGACGGCCAGCGCGCCCACCAAGACCCAGAAGAAAACCAAGAAGGGCUUCCCCGAGAUCGUGAUCGACGCCAAGGACAACGGCUCCGAAGGGACCAGCGAAGACCACGAGUUCGAAGACUCUUCCCACCCUCGUUUCGACCAAGAGCCAGAGUGUGCGUCCCCGGCACUUUCUCUUAGAGAUGGUGCCCACAGGGAGGCUCAAGGCAAGGGGUUGAAAGGUAAGGCCCAAAGCUUUGGCAAAGGUAAAGGCAGCCAUGCCCAGGCGCACAGGGACGCCGCCUUCAGCGAGCCCAUCCGGAGGGCCAACCGGGUCCGCCUUCAGGAGCCCCCCAACGAGAAGCAGGGGGUCUUUGCCCGCUGCGCCAUCAAUGGAUCGGGCAGGAUUGGCAUGGCCACCAACUGCAUGAAAUGCAUGAUCGGCUCGAACGAGAGCCCCGAUUUAGAGUGCAAGUGGAGCAACCAUGCCGCCACUAGACCCGCCUCUAAUGAUACCCCUCACUGCAACCAGUAUAGCAGCCUGUCAGGAGACGAGGAGAGGUUAGAGCUUAAGAAUUGGGGGGUCCAAGAGCAGCAGCCCAAGCCGCAGGCGGAUCUGCGCCUAUGCAGCGGCUACGGGGCGGCCGACCACCUGCCCAAGACCUGCCAGCCGCCUGCCACCUCAGGGAAGAGAAACGGGGACCCUAAAAGUCACGGGGGGAAAGGGCAUCCUCGGCAGAGGUGGCAGGGCCAGCCUGGCGGCAAAUACGGGAGCACUGUCAACUUGGUGACUGCCAGCAAUGGCUCCGUAUCCUCCGACUCCAGCAGCUUGGAGAGCCUCGGGAGCCCUGACUUCCCCAAACGCUUGUCUGAGAGCUCCCGAAAACAAGCGGGCACCCUCCAGAGGGAAAUGAAUGCCUUGUUUGCUGAAAAGCUGGAGGAAAUUCGGAGUAAAUCCCCUAUAUUCUUUACUGAUGUCCACCAGCUCUCAGUGCAGAAGUCAAUCCCUUCAUUACGCAGCCUGGAGACCAUCAGCGAAGAGCCCUUUGUUGCCAACGAGAACCAACCACCUGGUUCUUGCUUUCCUUUUUCCACCACCCUUCCCACUGAUUCCAAAGAAGGGAAUGUGCCUGAUAAUUCCCACGAAACUGCUUUGGAAGGAGAUGGCCUGUCAGACCAGCUUGAGAGAGUUUCUCUUCAGCAACACGCAGCGACUGAUGUGGAGGAGAAAAUAUUCCACGCUCCCGGCCCAGCCCUUGCAAAGGUCCCAGAAUGGGAAAAUAGUACCAGUGAAGAAGAAAGCAGAAGGGACAGCUGGGAAAGGAUGCAUGGUGGUGGAAAUCUGCCUACUUCACAAACUCAGGACAAUGUAGCAUUGGCCAACCAUUGGCUCCAUUCUGCCAGAAACUGCCAGAAACAAAGAGACAGAACAGUCCAAGAACUGGGAAGUGCUGAGAGAAGGGAGAAGGGCAGUGCAACCAAAUCACUACCACCGCACCAAAGCAAAUUGGCGAACGACUCCAUACCAAUUCCACCUCAAGAACCUCCAGAAGUAACUCAAGCUGCCACAGACCCCGCAUCUCAUCUCGUCGUGAAGAGGUCCAAGAGCGAAGGGUGCAGGCUUUGUGACUGUUCGGUCUCAAUGAGGCAUCCUGGGGGCUUCUCCCUCGCAGCUGAAGUGUACUCUGAUGUCACAGCCAACGAUCAUAUCUGGAGCAAGCUAGACUCCGGUACUCAUAGGGACAGUAUGUCUUCCUCUUCCAGCAUGUCCUCCAAUGACACAGUCAUAGACCUCUCCUUGCCCAGCCUCGCUCGGAAAAGCCUCCCGGACCUUGUUGCUCAGCAUGAGAACGUUGUCGUCCCUGCAAGAAGAGGUAUGCGCCCCUGGUCUGCUAAUGCUGUAUCUGGACAUGAUAUUCCCAUGGUGUCUAAGAGCAAAUCUAAUCCCAAUUUGAGGUCAGAUCCACCCACCGAGGAUGUGUUGUGCCCUAGACCGCUAGCCAGGGGCUGCAAGUCCGGAUCCGUACACAGGAGACACACCUGGAGUCGGUUAUAUAUGGAGAGCCUCCGACAGUCCUAUCUGAAGUCCAAAGGCCAGGAGAAUGCAGAGACCAGUCAGGUCAAAUCCAAAAGCCUUGGCGACCUGACCUCUGAAGACAUCACAUGCACCUUUGACAGCAAGUAUCGCCGCAUCAGUCGGGGCUUUAUCACCCAGUCGAUGAGGGAGCAGUGCCGCUGUGCUGUCACCAAGGUCUCAGCGAAGCCCCCGGAUGAGCUCACCGAACGCUUGAAAAGGUUGACCACCUUCCAGCAGGAGGAUGAUAUCACGUCUCCUACCAGCCUUGAACAUGUCGAGUCGGAAGAGGACGAAGAGGGAGAGAUGGGGCUCCUCCGAAGAGCCUCCUCCAGGAGCCAGAGCAGGGUGAGGUACAUUGCCAACCGGGCCAAGCAGGCGCAAGAGAGGCAGAGGCUGAAAAGCUUGACUCUGGGCCAGGGGAGUCCCAUUGAGGAGAGGGGUAACCCCGAAGGAGCCUGCUGCUUCGCUGGAGGGGCCUGUACGGACACCGCUUGCCCCAGUCUGUUUACAUCCCAAUACAAGAACCAAACUGUCUCAAACCCCGACCCUGAAGUUGUCUUUUUAUUCAAACUCUAACGCUGGGAAGGGCUGAACCAGAUUUGAUGUUUACAUUCCCGUUGGAGCCGAAUCCAACAAAACUCCCACCGGUUUAACAAAAAUUGUAAUGCACACGGUGCAAAAAUGAUCUCUUCCUCCUCCUCCCUUUCCUUCCGCCUAGUCUCCAAAGGACAAUGUAUGUGUGUGAUAAAAUAAUAAUAAUAAUAAUAAUAAUAAUAAUAAUAAUAAUGCAAUGUGUAGCAUGCAGUAUCAGGAAUGGGCAAUCAGACUUUUUUCUCCUGGGCGAGGGAACAGAUCCCUUCUCCCAUCCCUUAGAAAGCAUGUCCGAGGAUCUGCACAACCAUCCUUUUAGAGGACUCCUUCUCUUGGUCAGACAGGGUUCCCAACAGCACAAGACAAACCUGGAACUGCCAGCCAGCAGAUGCCGCCUUAACUUCCCCACCGAAGCUGCUGUGCCCUGACUUUGAUUCUAGAAGGCAAAGCAGCAUUUUGGAAGGUGAAGAAUGAGCCGGGGCAUGUUUGAUGGGAGCAGAGCACUAGAUUUUAAGAGAGCUGAGACUGGGAUGAUGCAGGAAUCAUUGGUCACUGGUGUUCAUACAUGGUCCUUUCAUCCACCAGAAACCUCAAGAUUUUUGACCCCAAAGGUUUCGAACCAGUUUUCCAUGUGUAUUUGCACUCAUUUAGGGCAUGAUGCUGGGGUUGUUUUUCACACACACACACACACACACACACACCUUUCCUGCAAAAAAUGACUUCCCCGCAUGGGAAACAAUGGCCAGAAUAAUGUAUCAGGAGAUGUAUCUCACAUAGCUAUGUGACCCCACAAACUCACCAUGUAAGCCACACAACCGCCUCAGCAUGGCCUUUUCGGAGAGCUAGAUGGUGAUGUUGGUGACAACGUUUGGACACAUGGCAAUGUCAUCCCCUGGAUCUCUGGAAGACCCCUCCAGGAGCUCUUGGGAGAUGCCUUGAUGUUGUGAAUCUGGCCAUAGGCACAUAGCUAGAUGUUCCUCGUUGACCCCCUGCUUUCUGCAGCCACAAGUACUAGGUGAGUCCUGCUGGAAUGGAAAGUGCAGACGGAGGUUUAAAACACACUACAGAAAUGAUCCAGUUUGAGACGCUUCAACUGCCUUGGCUCAAUGCUAGGGAAUCCUAGGAAUUGUGGUUUAUUGCGGCCCCAGAGCUCUCUGCCAGAGAAAGCAAAAUGUCUCACCAAACUACAGUUCCCAGGAUUCCCUAGCAUUGAGCCAGGGCAGUUGAAGCAGUCUCAAACUGGAUUUAUUUCUGCAGUGUGUUUCGGACCCAAGUGGUCAGGACUUUAUGGCCGAUCUUCCAAUGCUGGAUCAUGUGUUUCCCUGGGAACUUUUGCUGAUACACAGUUCUUACCUGUGCACAAUUCUUGGUAAACCCAUUAUACGGCCAAGAAAUGCACUGUGGCCAAUAUUGAUUCCAAUAUUUGUUUCGUCUCCGGUUCUGAAAGUAUGUAGAGAGAUCUUGCAGCACCUUUGAGACUCACUGAAAUGAAGAAGCUGGCAGCAUGAGCUUUCGUAGGCUUCAGUCUACUUCCUCAGAUGCAUUUGGAAAUAGGCUAGAGUCUAUGAAAGAACAGACUGCCUACUUCUUGCUUUCAGUGAGUCUCAAAGGAGCCACAAGAUCUCUCUACAUACUUCUUCCAGUACUGAAAGUUAGCUAAGUACUGAGAGGAGGAACUUGUUGGUAGCGUUUUCAGCUAAGCCUCUAUUGUCCCGAUACGCUUAGAAAUUCAGUUUGGAAGUCAGACAUGUGUGGCUCAUCUUCAGUCUUAGCCACCACCACGAUCUCACAUUCAGACUACAAAUCCCAGGAGGCCAUAAGAUGGUGCUGUGACAGUAAAAAGCGGUGUCAAACUGCAUUCAUUCCGCAGUGUGUCAGAAGCCUUAAUUUAACUCAGUGAUUCCCAAACUUGGGGUCUCCAGGCAUUUGGGGCUUCAAAUCCCAGAAGCCCCAGCCAGCUUGGCCAACAGUCAGGAAUUCUCGGAGCUGAAGUCCAAAACAUCUGGAGGACCAAAGUUUGGCAACCUCUGAUUUAAACUGAAGGCAUUCUCACACUUUAUUUUUCCACUGACACAGUAUUUGCUUUUUGCACAAAAGCAAUGCUUUCCAAGACAGGAGUCGCUUGCAUCACUUCUCUCCCAUGUUGACUUGCUAGAUUUGGAAGUGUUUAAAUUUGCAGCUCCAAAUGGAUAGCAAGUGCUUUGUGCCUCUCUAAGGACUCAUUCCCCCUUGCCAUUUAAACCGAUUCCCGAUUCGCCUUCGCUCCGUGUUGGGAAUCGAUUCCAAAUGGUCCCCUGUUCCCAAUAUAAAGCAGAUCUUUUCUUACCCCAGUGUAAUUGCAUUCUAAGUCUCCCAUGCACUGCAGAAACUACGUCUCUCUCGGGCCACGAGAGCCAUUGCGUCAUUCUUUUGACCACUUAGGUCCGAAACACACUGCAGAAAUUACCCAGUUUGAGACUGCUUUAGCUGCCCUGGAUCAAUGAUAAGGAAUUCUAGUUUUGUGAGACAUUGAGCCUUCUCUGUCAGAGAGGUCUGG